AUGUGGCGAACAUUCUUCGUCGCCUUUGCCGGCGUUUUCUAUGGCGGCCUGGAUGCUGUUCAGUCGCUUUGCUCUGUCUACGAUCCAUUCAAGGUCCAACCAGAUAACAACAAGUUUGUCAUCGGUGGAGCAUUUCCACUACAUGAUGUCGAUUGCAAGAACGUUCUACCGGACACGGUUCAGGAGAUCGUUGCAAUUCAGUGGGCUCUCACUCACUGGAAUCAGAAUCCAGUUAACAACCACGCAAAACUCGGUUUUUUUGCCGGCGACACCUGUUCACGAUCUCAAGAGGCAAUGUCGCAGUCGUUAAGAUUCCUUGACACUGUCGGAUAUCACGAACCGCAGGAAUGUCGAACGAACAAUUCCGGGACGAAAUUACUGGACCUUUUAUCGGCUGUUAGCAUUGUUUUGCAAGUUACUGCGUUAGUUCAACGGUUGCCUGCAGCUCGUGCGAUUCCACACUGGCGUAUCAGCUCGGGUGUUACUGGAGACCAACGUCUCUUGGUGGCUUUCGAUGAAGAUGUUGAAUGA